UUGGGAGAAUGGAUGGGUGAAUCCUUGGUGGAUGGUUGACCUCGGAACUUAUUAUAUGAUCCACUACGUUGACAUCUUGCCAAGACAAGGAUACUACACCUAUCGGUUCCAAAGUGUGGAGGUUCGAGCUGGUCCAGAGUUGAAAACGGACGGAAACUUGACUCAGUGGGAAUUAGUAGGAUUUUACCCAGGUGUCUAUGCAGGUGGGAAUGCUCGUAUUCAGUUCAAUAAUACCAAAGGAGUAUGCGGAAGAUUUCUCUCCGUGCAGCGAAAUAACAGUCUGAGUGAUGCUUUUGCUCUUGCUGAUGUUUUGGUUUAUGUUCGCGAGAGUCCAUACAACUAAGAUGCUUAUAAACUGGAAAGGAUGGGAAGACCAAGAUCAUUCAUUAAAACUAGAUUUAAAGAGCAAUUGGUGUAGUCCGAGGUUUCAGUGGGGAUAAAUACAAGUCAUGUACGACUAAAUUGUUGUUGUCAUGGUAAACUAUUUUUGUUCAAAUCUUUUCCAUAAGAUUUACACAGUACUAUUCCCUUUUUUAUUGACUGUAAACAGUUAUUUAUCUAUCUGAAAACCAGUGGAAAUUUU